CCGGUCGCUUCCCGGGUGAGGAGCCGGAGCGCGGCGGCGGCGGCGGGGAGAGGCCACGGCGAGGGAGCCCCGAGGAUCCGGCUGGGGAGCCAUGGGGAGAUGCAACGGGCGGUGCACGCUGGUGGGAUUCUGCUGCCUGCAGCUGGUCGCGGCGCUGGAGAGGCAGAUCUUUGAUUUCCUGGGAUACCAGUGGGCCCCGAUCCUGGCGAAUUUUUUACACAUCAUGGCCGUUAUUUUGGGCAUUUUUGGGACCAUCCAGUACAGAUCCAGAUACCUCAUGAUGUACGCGGUGUGGCUGGUGCUGUGGGUCGGCUGGAACGCCUUCAUCAUCUGCUUCUACCUGGAGGUCGGGCGCUUGUCACAGGACCGAGACUUCAUCAUGACCUUCAAUACCUCACUGCACCGCUCGUGGUGGAUGGAGAACGGGCCGGGCUGCCUGGUGACCCCCGUGCUCAACUCCAACCUGGCGCCCGAGGACCACCACGUCAUCACGGUCAGCGGCUGCCUGCUGGACUACCAGUACAUCGAGGUGGUGAGCAGUGCCACGCAGAUAUUCCUGGCGACGGUGAGAGUCGACUUCAUCGGCGGGUUUGACUCCUACGGGUACCAGGCACCACAGAAGACGUCACACCUACAGCUACAGCCGCUCUACACGUGA